AACUUUGCUUUUGGUGUUAUAUAUAAAUCUGAAAGCCCCUUUGCCCUCUUCGUGUUGAGAACCACUCACUCCCUCUGCUGUCGUUCGUGUCAAACAUCUCUCUGUGUUACCGCAGUUUCCUCAGAUACCCACAAUUGAGCGUUGUAUAGCGAUGGCGAUGGCACGUGCCGUGCUCAUGCUGGCCAUGUCCUUAAUUCUCGUGACAAUGUCCACAGCCCAAGCCCCCUCACCCGCACCUACACCCACACCCACGGGCUCAUCAACACUGGCCCCUACCACUUCUUCUCCUCCUCCAACCUCCCCACUUUCAUCGCCCCCAAGUGCCCAAAGCCCAGGCCCAUCUCCUUCGCCAUUGUCACCGUCCGUUGCGGAAUCUCCGGCGCCCACAAGCCCGAACAGCGCGUUCCUACAUGGAGCUGGCUUUGGCUUCAUGCUACCACUAUUUGCAGGACUGCUUCUCGUUCUUCCUUGAAUUUAACUUACACUUUGGGACAUCUCUUCGUUUGUCUACCUUUUUUUUCUACCUCCUCCUGUGUUUUCUUUUCAUUUGGAUUCCGUGGAUGACUCUUGGGAUCUAUCUUCACUCCCUUGUUAGAGAUUGAAGCCAUGUUGCCCUUACAUGC